ACAGUCUGAGAGGGAAACACCCCAUGAAAAGUAAAAAUACUGGUGUGUGUGUUUAUAUACACACACACACACGUAUGUAUGUAUGUAUAUAUAUAUAUAGAAGGAAACAUGGCACCAGAAUUAAUGAUCACCUGCAGUCAUGAUGAAGAGCAUCGAUCAGUGUUUGUUGCUGUCUCUGCUGUGUGCCGUGUGCGCGGCCGGGCCCGCGGGAGCGCGCAGCGGAGCCGUGCAUUUCUCCGGCAGCGCGUGCUUGGACCUGGGUCACGCGCUUCUGCGGAAAGUGACAGAUGCGCUCGAGACCGAUCAGCUGUUCAGAGGCUUAAACUGCACGGAGCAGAGCGCUGAGACGUGCACCCGCACCGAGACGCUGUCCGCGUGCACGCCGAUGAACUCCAUAUGCCUGGGAGCCCCAGAGUUCACCCUGGAGCAGGAUGAAUGUCUGCGGAGUACUCAGGAAGAUCUUCGAUAUUACUUGGCAACGUUUAAAUCUUUCCACGAUCCAGAUCGAAUCCUGGAACAGACGGUGGUCAGAACCAUAGAAAACCUCAUGCAGGGCUGCUUUUCUGCCCCACUGCUGGAUGGUGCUCCGGUUCAGAUCUCUGUGGACAACGAAAACUCCUUCGAGAGACGCCUGAAGCUCUGCAAGGUCCUGAAAGGGUUUCAGAUCCGCACCAUCACCAUCAACCGGGUGCUCAACCACCUCGUCAGCUCCCCACACGUCUGAUCAGGACGAAGAUGUUUUUAUAGAAUUUUCCACACCGGCGAGCUAAUAAUGUUUUGGUUUUUUUUUCCUACAGACAAAAUCCAAGUAAACCUAAAUGUUUGUGGUAUAACUUAAAAUUAUUUAAACAUAUUUAUUUAUCUAUU